CCUUCAUGGCGUAAAGUUUCCUUCCGCAUUGUGUUCGGAGACACAGGUCUGACACGGGAGAGAAGAGCUGAAGAGUGUCAACAUGGCGGACAUGGAUGCUGAGAGUGUUGGUUACACUGAAGCGGUGAUGGACGAGGAGGAGCCAUUGUUCAGUAACUUGGACAUCUUCCUCUUCUCUCUGGUGGUCGGCCUGGUCAUCUACUGGUUUAUGUCUCGCAAAAAGCCUGAGCCCAUUCCUGAAUUCAAAAAACUUGACACAAUGACGCCCACCACAAGAGAGACAAGUUUCAUUGAGAAAAUGAAGAAAACUGGCAAGAACAUCAUUGUGUUCUAUGGCUCCCAGACGGGCACGGCGGAGGAAUUUGCCAACAGGCUGUCCAAAGAUGCCCAGCGCUACGGCAUGAAAGGAAUGGCAGCCGAUCCAGAGGAAUAUGACAUGGGUGAGCUGUCUCGUCUGUCUGAGAUCUCCAACUCCCUGGCCAUAUUCUGCAUGGCCACUUAUGGUGAAGGAGACCCCACUGACAAUGCACAGGACUUCUAUGACUGGCUCCAGGAAAAUGAUGAUGAGGACCUGUCUGGACUUAACUACACAGUGAGUUAUGUUUUAAAAAUUCCUUUG